AUGCUAUGGACCCUGUCGCGGUACUCGGCAUCCAGUCAGGUCCGUCAAGAGUUUCAGGUCCUGGAGGAGCAGCCCGUCGGCACCUACGUGGGCACGAUAGAGACCAAGCCCAGCUUCACGUACCGCUUUAGCGAGAACCACAAACUUUUUGCCAUCAACGGCACCACGGGGGACAUUUACACCUCCUCGGUGAUUGACAGGGAGGUUUUGCAAAGUGAUGUCAUCAACGUCGUGGUGCUGUCCAGCCAGCCCACCUACCCCACAGAGGUCAGGAUAGUCGUCCUGGAUAUUAACGAUAACUCCCCGGUGUUUCCCGACGCGUCGAUCGUCGUGUCCUUCAAGGAGGACGCCAGCAGCGGCAGGCAGGUCAUACUGGACACUGCCACGGACUCGGACAUUGGAAGUAACGGAGUAGACCACACCACGUACAGAAUAGUGAAGGGGAACGAGCAGAGGAAAUUCCGCUUGGAUAUAACAGUCAAUCCUAGUGGAGAGGGGGCAUUCUUGCACCUUGUUUCGACCGGAGGCUUGGACAGGGAAGUCACUCCCUUCUAUCAGCUCCUGGUUGAAGUGGAGGACAAAGGAGACCCAAAAAAGUUUGGCUACCUGCAAGUGAACGUGACUAUCCAAGACAUUAACGACAACCCCCCUAUAUUUGAGCAAGACCAAUAUCAAGCCAGUGUUUUCGAGGAUGCAGCGGUAGGUUCUAGUGUUCUGCAGAUUACGGCAUCAGAUCAGGACGAGGGAGCCAAUGCUGAAAUCAGGUACCUUUUAGAUGAAGGGACGCCUUUCCAAAUUGACCCGAAAGCGGGAACUAUUAUUAUAAAAGAGGGUUUGGACUACGAGAGUAAGAAGGAGUAUUCUCUGACUAUUCAUGCAGUAGAUAAUGGGGUGCCCUCUCUGUCUGGCAGAACAGAGGCCACGAUAAAACUCCUAGAUGUAAAUGAUAAUGACCCGGUAGUGAAGUUUAGGUAUUUUCCCACCACCUCUAAAUUUGCCUCUGUUGAUGAAAAUGCGCAGAUCGGCACGGUUGUGGCUUUACUCACUGUGUCAGAUUCGGACUCCCCCACGGCCAACGGCAACAUAUCCGUUUCAAUCUUAGGAGGCAACGAGCAGAGGCACUUUGAAGUGCACACGUCUCCCGUGCCCAAUUUAAGCCUGAUCAAAGUAGCCAGUGUGUUAGACAGAGAGAGAAUUUCCUCAUACAACCUGACCGUGUCUGUGUCAGACAAUGGCAAGCCUGUGGCCCGGUCCUCCUUCGCCAGUCUGGUUAUUUUUGUGAAUGAUAUCAAUGAUCACCCGCCCAUAUUUGAGGAAACACUGUACAGAGUAGAUAUCAGCGAAGACAUACCAAAAGGCAGCUACAUUAAAGGGGUUUCUGCAACAGAUGGCGACUCCGGACAGAAUGCCAACCUGCGCUACUCCCUGGUGUCUGGAAACACUUUGGGCUGGUUCUCCAUCAGUGAAAACAGCGGUCUGGUUACCAGCGCCGCUUUGCUAGAUAGGGAAAUAGCAUCUGAAAUUGUGCUCAACAUUAGUGCCAAGGACCAGGGGCUGCAGCCCAAGAUUUCUUACACCAAACUGAUAGUCAACAUCACUGAUGUGAAUGACCAAGUGCCCACUUUUACACAGAGCUCAUAUCACGUUUCUCUGGUGGAGCACGCUCCUGCCGGCACUGAGCUGGUGGUGCUGUCUGCCUCAGAUGACGACCUCGGGGCCAAUGGAACUAUCCGGUUCUCAUUUGAUGCAGAGACUCCAGCCGGCGUCCAGGCGCUGUUUCGCCUGGAUGCCGUGUCAGGGCGAUUAAGCACAGCCGCGGAGCUAGACAGGGAGGAUCAGGCCUCCUACUUACUCCAUAUCCAGGCAGCAGACGCAGGCAGCCCCCCUUUGCACUCUGUAGGAAAAGUCAACAUCACCCUGAAGGAUAUCAAUGACAAUAGGCCGGUUUUUUAUCCGGUGCAGUAUUUUGCCAAUGUGAAAGAGAACGAGCCCUCGGGUUCUUAUGUAACCACCGUUUCAGCCACAGACCCUGAUUUGGGUCGAAAUGGCACAGUCAAAUAUAUAAUUACAGCUGGAGAUGCUUCCAAAUUCCGCAUUAAUAGCAACACAGGGAAAAUUACCACGCUUGUGCCCCUGGAUAGAGAGGAGAAAACUGCAUACCAGCUGCAGGUGACUGGAGCAGAUGGCAACGGCCUGCGCUCACACACCCAAGCCAUUGUGACUGUAACUGUCAUAGACACACAGGAUAACCCACCGGUCUUCGGCCAGAGAGUCUACAGCUUUGUCAUGUUUGAAAAUGUUGGCAUCGGGACAGUUAUAGGGACAGUGUCAGCCACCACUGUAGACCUGAACACAAACAUUUCAUAUUUAAUCACCUCAGGGGACCAGAGGGGGCUUUUUGCUGUAAACAGCGCAGGUCAGAUCACAGCAUCGAGCCAGAUAGACAGAGAGGAGCAGGGGUUUUAUCAGCUGAAAGUCGUGGCCAGAGCUGGGGAGAUCACAGGAGAAGCCUUUGUUAACAUCACUGUGAAGGACUUAAAUGACAAUGCUCCUCAUUUUAUUCACGCCGUGGAGCAUGUGAGUGCAGUGGAAAACUGGAGCACAGGUCAUGUCAUAUUCCAGGCCAAAGCUUCAGACCCUGAUGAAGGCACAAAUGGCAUGGUGGUCUACAGCCUCAAACAAAACCCCAAAGGUCUGUUUCAUGUUCACGAGAAGCAUGGCCUCAUCACACUGACUGGGCCGCUGGAGGUCACCACAAGCUCUUAUGAGGUCGAGGUCAUCGCAUCGGACAUGGGGGUCCCCCAGCACACCUCCAGCCUCAUCCUCAUCAUCAGUGUUUAUGACGUGAAUGACAACUCACCGGUGUUUGACCAGCUCUCAUAUGAGGUCAUCAUCUUGGAGUCUGAGCCUGUCAACAGCCGCUUUUUCAAAGUGCAGGCCACUGACAAAGACUCCGGUCUUAACGGGGAGAUUAUGUACGAUAUCGAUGGUGGCAACACAGGUGAUGUGUUUGGUAUUUUUCCAGACGGGCAGCUGUACAUCAAAUCGGAGCUGGACAGAGAGAUACAGGACACAUACAACUUAGUGGUUGUGGCCAAAGACAGAGCUGUUGAACCAUUAAGUGCCACCGUCAAUGUCAGUGUGAUUCUAGACGAUGUAAAUGAUAACCGUCCUCUUUUUAACAGUACCAAUUAUGUGUUUCAUUUUGAGGAAGAGCAGAAGAGGGGGGCGCUGGUCGGGCGUGUUUUUUCUGAGGAUAAGGACUUUGGCCCAAACAGUGAGGUCAGAUAUACAUUUGAGACUCCGCAGCCCAACUUUGAGCUGAAUGUCAUCACGGGGGAGUUGACCAGCACUCUGCAGUUAGACCGUGAGCUGCUCGUGAGACAAAGAGGCGCCGCCGUGUUCAACUUCCUGGUCGUCUCGUCAGACCAGGGUCUCCCCAAGCCUCUCAGAGACCAGGCCAAAGUGCAAGUUUACAUUCAAGACAUCAACGACAACCCGCCUAAAUUCACCAAAGACAUUUACCAGGCCUCCAUCGCAGAGUCAGCUCAAAACAUGACACAAUUGCUGAGAGUCUCCGCCUCUGAUGUGGAUGAGAACAAAAAUGGACUGGUACGUUAUCGCAUCACUGAGGGCAACGAGGAGGGACAGUUCUCUAUUGAUAGCAGCUCUGGACAGGUUACGUUAGUUGGAAAGCUGGACUAUGAAUCUACAUCCUCCUAUUCUUUGAAAAUAAUAGCUGUUGAUGCUGGGGCUGUGCCCUUGUCCUCCUCUUGCAUGCUUAGUAUUAGCAUCCUGGAUGAGAAUGACAACUCCCCCUCCUUCCCUAAAUCCUCACUGUCUGUGGACGUCUUGGAGAACAUGAGGAUAGGAGAGUUGGUGGCCUCCGUGACCGCCACCGACGCAGAUUCAGGUCAAAACGCAGAUAUAACGUACAGCAUCACAGCCACAAACAACCACGGCACUUUCAGCAUCAGCCCCAACACUGGUAGCAUCUUUUUGGUUAAAAGGCUGGACUUUGAAACUCAGUCAUUUUACAAACUAAACAUCAGUGCAAAGGACAAUGGCAGACCACCCCGCUCCUCAUCCAUUCCUGUGGUCAUUCAUGUCAGGGAUUUUAACGAUAAUCCUCCCAUAUUCACGCCUGGUGACAUUUUCAAAUCCAUCCCUGAAAAUCUUCCUAUCUCAGCCUCAGUCAUGACGAUUACAGCUCAUGACACAGAUGCAGACAUAAACGGGCAGCUGGAGUAUUCCAUUGUUCAGCAGAUUCCUCGGGGAAGCCACUUCAGCGUCAACCCGAGCACUGGGCUCAUAUAUACCAACAAGGAAAUCGACAGGGAAUUCUCCAAUCUGUUCGAGCUGACAAUCAAAGCGACAGACCAGGCAGUUCCAGUGGAAUUCCGCCGCUUUGCCCUGAAAAAUGUCACAAUAUGGGUCACGGACCAGAAUGAUAAUGUUCCCACUUUUCUGUCACAGAAUGCUCUUGUGGCUGAGCCCAACAUAGUCAUCGGCUCCAUCCUGACAACAGUAGUGGCUUUUGACCCCGAUGAGGGGGCAAAUGGGGAAGUGGAGUAUGAGCUUGUAGAGGGGGACUCAGACACCUUCAUCAUGGACCGGUACAGCGGGGAUAUUCGCCUGGCCUCCCAGCUGGUACCGUCCCGACUCAUGUACACCCUCACAGUAUCAGCCACUGACCACGGCACUGACCGCAAGACCUCCAGAACUGAGCUGACUAUCAUCCUACAAGGGAUGGAUGGGCCUGUUUUUUCCCAGCCCAAAUAUAUCACCAUCCUCAAAGAAGGCCAGCCACCAGGCACGAAUGUCAUCUCCCUGGAUGCCUCGAGCCCCCGGGGCUCUGCGACCAAAGUGGAGUACUUCAUCGUGGCGGUGCGCAGCGGUGGAAAAGCCGUGGGGCGGCUUUUCACCAUCGGCCGCAACACUGGAGUGAUACAGACGGCAGCUGAGUUGGACCGAGAGCAAGGCUCCGACCUCUACCUGGUGGAUGUGUACGCCAUUGAGACGGACGCCAGCCAGCCCAGAACGCAGCGUGCUGAGCGUCUUGCCUUGGCAGAUUUAGGAGUGUGUAUGGAUGCCCCUGUCAGCCAGCUUUCCUCCCCUCUCCUCACCAGUAAGAGAUGUAGGGUAGAGCUGUGUCGACUCAUGAGAUUGAAGAAAGAAAAGACUGUUUUGGGGAGGGUUCUGGACAUGUCAGACGGUGUUAUUGGGAGUUGUGGGAAUGAAGGAAGAGGAGUGGUGAAGGGAAACAUUUUAGGGGGGUUCUGGAAGUACUAG